AUGGAAAAAGGAAAUACACCAGCUGCAAGUCAUUCAUUGACUAAUUCGAUAAGUAAUUCUGGUCCAAUCUCAAUUUUCGCAUAUUGUUUAUCAUCAAUUUUAAUGACUGUUACAAAUAAAUUUGUUGUUUCAGGAUUUAAUUUUAAUUUAAAUUUUUUAUUAUUAGCUAUACAAUCAAUUGUUUGUAUUGUUACUAUUGGUACUUUAAAAAGUUUAGGUGUUAUUACUUAUAGACCUUUUAAUAAAGAUGAAGCUAAAAAAUGGUCCCCAAUUGCAUUUUUAUUAGUUGGUAUGAUUUAUACAUCAUCAAAAGCUUUACAAUUUUUAUCGAUUCCUGUCUAUACAAUUUUUAAAAAUUUAACAAUUAUUUUAAUUGCUUAUGGUGAAGUUAUUUGGUUUGGUGGAAAAGUUACAACUAUGGCUUUAAGUUCAUUCUUAUUGAUGGUUUUCUCAUCAGUUAUUGCUUAUUAUGGUGAUAAUGCCGAAGCUAAAACUGCAGAUGACGAAUUCUCAAUGUAUUUAGGUUAUUUCUGGAUGUUAACUAAUUGUUUUGCUUCUGCUGCUUUUGUUUUAAUUAUGAGAAAAAGAAUUAAAUUAACUAACUUCAAGGAUUUUGAUACAAUGUAUUAUAACAAUCUUUUAUCAAUUCCAAUUUUAUUAGUUUUUACAUUUGUUUUUGAAAAUUGGUCACCAGAAAAUUUAGAAAAAAAUUUCCCAGCUGAUAAUAGAGCUGCUGUUAUUACUGCAAUGGUUAUUUCCGGUGCUUCAUCAGUUGGUAUUUCUUAUUGUUCAGCUUGGUGUGUUAGAGUUACUUCUUCAACUACAUAUUCAAUGGUUGGUGCAUUAAAUAAAUUACCAAUUGCUUUAAGUGGAUUGAUUUUCUUUGAAGCUGCAGUUAAUUUCUGGUCAGUAUCAUCCAUUUUUGUUGGGUUUGCUGCUGGAUUAGUGUAUGCUGUUGCCAAACAAAAACAACAAAAAGAUGCUCAAACUUUACCAACUACAAGCAAAUAG